AUGAAUAUCUUUCUCGAUAAAUAUGGAACUGAUACAACCACAAACUUUCAACUUAUGAGAUGGGCGAAUGAGUUAAAUAUAUCACUGUUUUAUUAUUGUAUGAGAGAUGAAAUAAAUGAUCUGAAAUAUAAGAAAGAAACUAAAAAACCUAACACUACAGCGUGGAUAAAUAAAGCGAAACCUUACUUUGUGGAUCAAAUCGGGGAUACUCUUCAAGGUGAUUUAGAUAUGAACAAUUUUAAAGUAACUAAUUUAAAGUCUCCGGAAAAUGAUAAUGACGCUGUUCACAAGAAAUAUUUACGGGAACAAAUAAAUUCAAUUGAACAAGAUUUAAUAAGUUUUAUUCCAAAAGUCAACGUAGUGAACAUAACUGAGUUACAAAAUUUAAUUUCAUUAAUAUCUAAAUUAGAUGAUAAGAUUGCAAAACAAAAAUUAGACAUUCAACAAUUAAUAGAUAACAUUCCAUGUGAAAAUGAAGAUACGAUUCAACAGGAAUUAAAUGCUCUGGAAACUAAACUUAAUAGUGAAUUACAAAAAGAACUAAGAAAUAUUAAACAACAAAUACAAAACAUAGAUGAUAGCGAAAUCAAAACCUAUAUUCAACAACAAAUACAAAAUAUUGAUGAUAGUGUUAUUCAACAACAGAUAACCACUAUUAAUAACCUAGUUUUACAACAGGAUAAAAAUAUAGUUGCAUUAGAAAAGUAUCUCAAGAAAGAAAAUAAAUCAUAUUAUUUUAGUCGUCUAUUUGGAAGUUUGAGAUGUGAAGAUGCUUCUAUUACUGAUAAUAUUGAUAGAUCAAAAGACUAUGAAUAUAAAAAAUAUGGAAUUACAUCAAAUAUAUAUAUAAACAUAGUGGUGUUAAUAAUUCCUAUAAUAUGUUUCUUGGUGAUUAUUCUACUUUUGUUUUCAAAGGAAAACUUAUGA